AUGCCUCUCAAAAAGACCACCAAAUUCACCCCAGCUGACGGAUUCAUCCACGGCUUCGACCAAGCACGACUGGACCGUCUUACUGCCUCCAUGCAGCCCCUCCUGACAAGAAAUGUCACGGAAGAGGAACUCGAGGCUUUGCUAAAGGAGGCUGAGGAUUGUUUGAAGGUCACCACGGGCAUGGGCAUCAGCACAGGCGGAAAAACGAAGAGGUUUCAGGGGUGGUGGAUGAGGAAUACCAAGACCACGAGGACGGUGAAGACGGUGAAGACGGUGGAGAUGGUGAACAUCACCGGGGUUGAGGAUGUAUAG